AUGGGAGGAGUUGCAAGCAAACAAAGUAUGGAAACCAAGCCAAGUCAGGUUGAAAUAUUGAAUUUAAAAGAAAUUCAGAGUUUGCCAUACAAGGAACUUUACAAACAGUUUGAAAAGUAUAAGAAACUUAAUUAUGUUGAAUAUGUGUUAUUGUUAGGGACAAGACUACUUUUGGAUCAUAACAGAAAGUUAGGAGAAAGAAGAUGGGAAGUAAUGGAAAGCAUUGCAAUAUCAACAUUUCAUUUUCAAGUCAAAUAUGAAGAAGAUGGGGAUAAAAAUAAGAUUUCAAAAUGGCAAAAAUAUUGUAUGGACGAAUUAAAUAAGAAAUAUGGAAAAACAUUUAGGUAUAAAAAGCUUGUAGGUAUGUUAUUGGAAAGUAGGGGAGAGACAGAAAAAGCCUUAGAUGUAUAUAAACAACUAUUAAAGUUUGACCCAGAGGAUCUUGAAAUUAGAAGGAGAGUGAUUUCAGUACUUUUUGAAAAUAAUAAAUCAUUAUUAGAUGAACAUUUAAAGGAAUGUAUAAUGGAUGUAAACGCCUGGAAAAUGAAAGCUUAUUAUCUUCUUACUCACACAAUUGACUAUAAGUCUGCUCUCUUCUGUAUGGAAGAAAUUCUACUUCAUGAACCACAAAAUAUUGAAACAAUCAACAUUAUAGCAGAUUUGCAUUUGGCUCUUGGUGACUAUACUAGAUCUAGACAAUACUUUUGUUUAGCUCUGAAUAUUCAAAAAUCUAAUUUAAGGGCUCUUUGGGGUAUUCUCCAAUGCAAUCUUUUAAAGAGUGACUACUCAAAUCAAAAUAAAGGCAAUAAAUCUAAAAUUGAAAGUUCUAUGAUUUCUGAUAUUGAUCAUAAUUUAACUCAACUUACUGUUAAACAAAUAAUUAAUCUUUACUCAGAAAAUGAUUCUGAUUCUGAUUCUAAUAUUAUUAAUAACAAAAAAGAUAUUAAUAUAGAUACCGUUACCUGUAAUAAUAAUAAUAAAGGUACCGAUAAUCAUCAAAUGGAAAUAAAAACAUCAAUGAUAGUAAGCGAGUUAUUGGAUUACUAUACAAAUAGAAUAAAAGGUUUAUAG